AUGCAUACAUUCUCAGAUGUCAAAGAGGUCUUGGUCAAUCCAGGCCGCUUCUUGUACGAUUCUUAUCUUCAGCCUCACUCCGGUUAUCGGCCUCAAAGGCUUUUGAGCCCCAAGAAGACCAAAACCGUCGCGGAAGCUGAUGCCGAGCUGCGGGAACGACUUGAACAGAUAUCUGGGAAUGGUGGAGCUGCAGGAAUACAAUAUGAAGACGGAAAGCCAAAUACCAUGAAACGAGGCGUACGAGAGAAUAUGUUCCGAGUGAUAUGA